UGUCAUUUAAUAUUUUCUGCGUUCGUAUGAGCACCACCCAUGAAGCGAUACUUAUUGACAAGGCUCUUGCUUCCAUUCAACAGGGGGGGCUUCAUUGCGGCGAUAAAUCAAACACCUGAACAACUAUUAUUUUAACUCAAAAGCCAGUAUCCGCGGGCACAAAAUCUCGUGACUUGUGUCGAAAUGCAAAGCAUAAGAAAUUCCAUCUUGAGCCACAUAAGGCUGAGGGGUUCUGCUGAACAAUUUUUAUUUGCUCAGAGGGGAAAUGUGUUCAAGCAGCUUCAUCGGCAGAUGUGUACAUCAGCAGGCACCAGCCCUGAUAAAAUCAUGGAUCGAGUCAUUGGACUGGUUAAGAAGUUUGAUAAAAUUGAUGCCACUAAGGUUACUGAGACAGCUGAUUUCCAAAAAGAUUUGUGCCUGGACAGUUUAGACAGGGUCGAGCUUGUCAUGGCUUUUGAGGAAGAAUUUUCCAUUGAAAUCCCUGAGGAGAAAGCGGAUAAACUUACAUGUUGCGCUGAUGUUGCAAAGUAUAUAGUUUCAGGAGGUGAGCUGAAAAAUGUAAAUCCUGAGUAGUAAUCAAUUUUAGGGUUUCCUAAAGGUGAAAUGGUGCUCCUAGACAAUGUGUCUUGUCAGUUCUUCCUAUGUUUGUUUUUGUGUAUCAAUAACUACAUAUAAAGGUUGCCAAACUGUAAAAACUGGAGCCUUGUUUCUCUUACUGAUACCGUACUUUUCCAUGGCAUUAAGGGAAAAUUUCUGAUGGACAA